AUGUCCGGACGCGGGCAAGCCGGGUCGUCGAGCUGGGAGUAUGGGUCGAGCUGGGACGGUUGGGACUACGGCUAUGGUGGCUCCUGGGAUGAAGGUGAGGAGCAAGGAGAAGAAGUGGGAAAGGGUAAAGGUGGUGGAAGGAGGACGACGGUGCAGGCAAAGGGCAGGCAGGGCGGGAUGGCCCUGCGUGCCAGGUUCGAGGACGGAACCCAGGAGAGGACACGGACCCAGGCUGAGCGUGAGGCGAUCAGGGCUCCGCUUUUGAGAGACAUAAAGGAUCUCAAAGCACGGCUGGCGACGGCUCAGUCCGAAGGGGAUCAUGCGGUCCGCGAGCUGACUCUGUGCCAGGCAGGGCCGGGCAGGGAAAUCCUAUCAUUCGCGGGCUUCAACAAAGACUACAAGCAGAGGGCCGAGAUGGCGGAGGGCCGACUGCGCCAAGCGAAUCUGGACCUCAUGGCGGCCAAGGCGGCAGAGGAGGUCCUUGAAACUUCGAAAGCCGACUAUAAAAAGCAGCUUGAGGAUUGCAAAACGAUGGUCACAAGCCUGGAGGCUUCCCUGACGGCGAAAGAGAAGGAACUCCAUGCAGCCCAGGCGUGCAGUGACGAAAAGGACAAAGAGCUGAAGGAAGCCCAGGCGAAAGAGAAGGAACUCCGUGCAGCCCAGGCGUGCAUCGACGAAAAAGACAAAGAGCUCAAGGAAGCCCAGGCAGCGCUGCAGCAGAAGGACAAAGAUCUCCGUGCAAUCCAGGAGAACAAGGCCAAGUGGAAACUCGAAGCACAUGCCAUGAAGCAUGCUAGGAAGGAAGUUGCACGCAUGGUGGAAAACGACAUGCUGGUGCGGUGCAACACUCUGCUGGCCCGGAAGGCCGAGCAACAUGACUGA